CCUCUUUCUUCUUUCCUCUCUCAGUAGUCCCCCACCCCUACUAGUACAAACAAACAAACAAACCAGCCAAAGCUGCGAUACCAAUCUCUCUCUCUCUUUACCUCUUUUUUAUAUAUAUACACACACGCAAGUAAGACUUACUGUUCUUAUAUAUGUAACUGACAGGCCUCUCUGUUUCUUUGAUAUUCUGGAAUCAUUAUUACUUCUAUUAUUCAUGCUCUUUUGAAACCCUAACUCGAUCAGUCUCUCUCUCUCUCUGUGACUAACUCAUACACAAGAAUUCGACUCGGUCGAGUCUCCUCCAUGGCUAACAACAACCCCUCGGAAAACUCCACCGACGACUUCCUCGAGCAAAUUCUCGGCUUUCAAACUUACGCAUCCGCCGACACUCAUUUGGCGCCAAAUGAUGCCACUUUGGCUGCAACGCCGCCUCCGAUGAUGCUUCAGCUCAGCUCCGGCGGCGGCUUUCACAGACCGGUGUUUCCGUUAGGGUUGAGUUUGGACCAGGGGAAGCCAGGGUUCAUGAACGAGGCGUCGGGGAGUAGUAAGAGGUUUCUCGAGGAUGUUGUUGAUGGCCGAUCGUCUUCUUCCUCCGUGAAAAAUGCUUUUCCUGGUCAACCAAUGCCUAGCACAGUUGCUGCAGUGCCACAUCCACCUGCAAUUCGUCCCAGGGUGCGGGCAAGACGAGGACAGGCUACAGAUCCACACAGUAUUGCUGAGAGGUUACGCAGAGAGAGAAUAGCUGAAAGGAUUAGGGCUUUGCAAGAAUUGGUUCCUAAUGUCAACAAGACAGAUAGAGCUGCCAUGCUUGAUGAAAUUGUCGACUAUGUGAAGUUCCUACGACUCCAAGUGAAGGUUUUAAGCAUGAGUAGAUUGGGCGGAGCCGCUGCCGUGGCCCCUCUUGUAACGGACAUUCCAAUAUCCUCCCUGGAGGAGGAAGCUGGUGAAGGUGGGAGGAACCAACCAACCUGGGAGAAGUGGUCAAAUGACGGUACAGAACGACAGGUAGCGAAGCUCAUGGAGGAAAAUGUGGGGGCUGCUAUGCAGUUCCUUCAGUCCAAGGCACUUUGCAUCAUGCCCAUCUCACUUGCCUCGGCAAUCUACCACACACAACCACCGGAAGCCACUACGGUUGUCAAAUCCGAGGCACAUCCCCCUUCAUAAAACCUUAAAAAGGGCACAUAUGGCAUGGUCUCCCUAGUGUUCUCAUUCAGUCCCCACCCUUAACUACACCUAGUUCAAACCCUAGCAAAUCAGCUUGGUUACACUUUAGUUUGCAAUCAACGUCAGAUGCCACCAUGCUUCCACCACCUUUUGCCUUUCAUUUCAGCUAUUUUAUCAAAAGAGGAUUUGAUGUUAAUGUUUAAAAAAUAAUGCUACUGGACCCACCAUGUCUUUACCAAAUUCAAAUAGAGGGUGGGAAUUGUCAAAAACUUUAUUUUUUCUUUCUAUAAAUAAAUGAUGUGCUCUGCCUUUUUUUUUUUGUGCA